AUGAAUAACAGCAAAAUUAAAAUACUUCAGCACAACCUGAAUCGGGACCGCACGGCCUCCCACCAACUCCGCGUAGCCUGUAAAAAUCUGAAAGUCGACUUCCUAUUAGUACAGGAACCACUGGUCAAUAACGGGAAAAUAUACGCCUUUGAAAGAUGCAAAUGCCACAUAAGCAAAAAAUCGGGCGCAGCUGUCAUCGUCCUGACAGACCGCUUUCAAUGCAUUACCCUCAGCACUCAUACAUCCAACCACGCGGCAUCUGUAAAGGUUACAUACGGCAAAAGGCCCUGUGAUUAUGUGAUUCUGGCUUCUGCGUACUUCAAGUACAGCGAGCCGACAACCAUCCACUUGGAACGGUUGAAUCAAAUCCUUCUGGCUGACAACAGAGUCAUUAUAGCUGCAGACACUAACGGCCACUCACCACGCUGGCACUCGGUUUCGAGAAAUCGCCGUGGCAGACUCACCGAACAAUUUAUUGACAAUCACGACCUUAAAAUACACAACGCCGCGGGUCAGAUUAACACUUUCUGCCGCCGAGACAACCGCUCCUCAAACAUCGAUGUAACCUUGUCUACAAGCAACAUCAGUAAUUGCAUUGGUAACUGGUCUGUCAGUGACCUAACUGACAGCGAUCAUAGGGUUAUUGCUUUCACUAUGAAAGUGAACGGUAUGGUGAAACCCACGUCACUUGAUAAACGGUAUGAUACAAGAACUGCCGACUGGGAUCUGUUCCACACCACGCUCCUUAGUGAAAUCGGCAGCAUCGCCGUAUGCUCGAUAGAAUCCACGGCCUUGGGCAUAAACCGUGUGCUUGCCACAGCCGCUGACCGCGCUAUCCAGCGCAAAAAACCCGGUGGUACCUCAGGUAAAAACAUCUGGUGGUCGCCCAUACUCUCCACCCUCCGGCAAACCCUUGCCCGCAAGCGACGAGAAGGACUCCGGACCAUUGACAGACAAGCGUACAACAGGCUACGGAAUGACUUCCUGUCUGAAAUAAAGAAACACAAACUAGCCGCUUGGAAGUGCUUCGCCGGCGAAAUGAAUGCUAAUCCGUGGUGCAAAGCAUUCAAGUGGGCAAAAGGCAGUUACUGUAUGCAUAAUAUACCAAUUAACAUGACCAAACCGGACGGAUCGCUCACAUCCGACUGUAGUGAGACAGCUGAACUCCUGCUGAAUACUUUCGUCCCAGCAGACCCCGAUCAGGCCCGAUGUGACAUGGAUCUCCAUGGUCCAUCACAAAUCAGUGACCUUCCUAGCCCAGUCGAUAUCAAAGCGGCCAUAUGGCGAAUGCGGCCUACCGGUGCACCUGGCGCAGAUGGUAUUACUGCAGGCAUACUGAGGAAAGCCUGGCCUGCCCUCCGUGAAUCCAUCACUUACCUGUUCGGCAGAUGUCUUCACGAUGGAAUCUUUCCUGACUGCUGGAAGAUUGCCAAGUUGAUCAUUAUCCCCAAACCGGGCCGCUCAGACUCGUGUAAUGUUAAGUCCUUCAGACCUAUUAGCCUACUUCCGGCACUAGGCAAGGCACUUGAGACCCUCAUCAUAAAGAGGAUAGGGCUUGAGACAAAUUUGGACUCCUUCGCGGCACAACAUGGCUUCACCGCUGGUAAGUCCACGGUCAGUGCUCUCCGUAGCUUACAUGAGCGCAUCGAUGCGUCCAAAUCACGGCACAUAUUCGGGACAUUCCUUGACAUUACCGGCGCAUUUGACAAUGUAAAAUGGUCGCCAUUGCUCUUGCAAAUGCAGCGUCUGGGCGCCUCGCUUGAAACAUCAAAAAUCGUGAUAUCGUACCUCCGCAACAGGUGGGCGGACCUGGAACUUGAGGGCAUCCACUACCGGAGGAUGCUCGCUAGGGGUUGCCCUCAGGGAUCACAGUUGGGUCCUACCCUCUGGAAAAUAGCAAUGACACCCAUAUACGGCAUGUUACCUGACACCAGCACGACCAAAAUAAUUACCUACGCAGACGACAUUCUGCUAAUGGUUGGCGCCGCUAGGCCUACAACAGCCUUCCAGUUUUUGAAAAACACUUGGACCUUCUAA